AUGGAUCUCAAGUUGGUUAACUGGCCAGAGACAAAGGGUACAGACUUCUGCCCACUCAGCUUGGACUCAAACACAGUACACAAUUGUCUCCAUUUGUCAGAAGAAGACAAGAAGGUGACGAGUGAGAAGGAAGAGGCCUCAUACCCUGAUCAUCCUGACAGAUUUGACACUUGGCUUCAGGUUCUGUGCAGAGAGGCUCUGAGUGGGACUCGCUGUUACUGGGAGCUCGAGUGGAGUGGAAAUGCAGCUAAGAUUGGAGUGACGUAUAAAGGAAUUGGUAGGAAAGGAGGGGGAGAUGGGAUUUCUCUUGGAAGCAAUGACAAGUCCUGGGUUUUGUUCUGCUCUGACUCCAGUUACUGUGCACGGCACAAUAACGAGGAGAUUGAAAUCAGUGCCCCCUGUAGCCACAGAAUAGGUGUGUUUUUGGACUGUUCUGCUGGCUCUCUGUCAUUUUAUAGCAUCUCAGACACAAUGACCCUCCUGCAGAGGUUCAACACCGACUUUACUGAACCACUCUGUCCUGGGUUUGGGUUUGACUUUGACUCCAGUGUGACUAUCUGCUCUCUCUGA